AUGGAACAAUUCAAAAGUGGUUUUAAGGGAACUGGCAUUUUCUCUUUUAACAAAGAUGCUAUUGACACACGCCUAUUUAAUCGGUGUUUUAUGUUACUAGAAAAAAAAACUACAUUCUCAACUAAUCAUCUUAAAAAAUCAUGCUCAAUGCCUAAUCUUCAUAGCAUUUGUGUUAACGAUGCUCCCAUUUCAACAUCAGCAUCUGCUUCAUCAUUACCAAUUUCUACGUCGACUUCCUCUAUCAAAGAUUUUUUUUUUAAACAAUUACAUUCCAAAUGUGUAGAAACCACUCAUCCUUUAAGGUCUGCACGAGCUUUAAGAUUUCGCUAUGGUGAAAAAUUGUCUGAGGUACAGAAAGCUGUCGAAUUUAUAAGUAAAAGCUAUGAUAAAAUAAUAAUUGAACUUACAGAAUUAAAAAAAACAAAAUCUAAAAAAUCACCAGAUGAAAGUAAUAUUGAAAAUGGAACUAAUAACAUAAAAGAGAAAAUAGCAGAACUAGAAGACAGAAGUCGUAGAAACAACUUGAGAUUUAUUGGGAUUAAAGAUAAAGCUAAUGAAACUUGGGAAGAAAGUGAGCAAAAAAUCAAAGACUUCCUCAAUACAAAGCUUAAUAUACAAGAAAAAAUUUUAAUAGAUAGAGUCCAUCGAGUUGGAAAAGAAAACGGAAAAAACAGAUCAAUAAUUGUUCGAUUUCAAAACUACAAAGACAAAGCCCUAGUGUUAAACAAAUAUACGACGAUGAAGCUAUGGAACGAACGGUUGUACGUUAACGAAGACUUUAGCGAUUUUACAAUGGAUUUACGCAGAAAGCUUUUCAAAGAAGCGAAAGAAUUGAGAGCGAAAGGUUUGAAACAAUUUUAUUAGAAAGACAAGCAAAUAAACGCGGUGGAGGAGUUCUGAUUUACGUUAAGGAACACAUUGCGCAUAACAUUAGGAAUGAUAAGUGCGUUU